AUGGCCUUCGCCGUGGUGCAGGCGCCGGAGUGCGUCGCCGCUUCGUCCGCGGACGCCAGCAGCUCGCACGCGAUGAAGCUGCCCGCGGCCGCCGGCAUGGCCGGCGCCGCCGCCGGCGAGGAGGGUGAGCCCUGCGGGCAGGCCGAGCCCGGCGGCGACGCGGCCCCGGUGGUGGCGCUGCCCUCUCGCGAGGAGGUGGCCGAGGAGGAGCUCGCCAUCGGCAGCGACGCGGAGACGCCGGUGCCAGCGCAGCGCAGGCGCCGCGGCAGAGGGCUGCUGCCCGAGUGCGCGGACCCCGCGGCGGCGCCGCAGUGCCCGAGGACGUGCCUGGCCGGCGCGGGGGUGCACGGGCAGGAGCGCCCGCGCAGGUGGACCGUCGGCGACGCGGGCCACGAGGACGAGCUCGCGAGUCCCUGGGCCCAGCCGGGCACCAACAAGCUGCACGCCGGCGCCACGCCCAUCCUGGAGGGCAUCGGCGCGGAGCUCCGACAGCUUGCGUGUCUGUGCCGCUUCGCCUCCCUCUGCAUCCUGCCGAUCUCGGGGGUCGCGCACCGGCUGUGCGCCACCGCCGAGGUCCUCGACGCUCCCCUGGGCACCUCGGGCAGCCUGCCGCCGACCCAGACCAUCCUGCGGGCGCCCCGCACGGCCAGGGUCAGCGCGUACGGCGGGCCUCCGCCGGACGUGGUGGACAUCCACUUCAUGGACGGCGAGACGGUGGAGGUCUUGAAGGACGACGGCGACAGCUGGGUGGAGGCCACGGUGGAGUGCACCUUCACGUGCGACUCCUUCGACGAGCUGGAUGGGCAGGUGUACAGCAUCCCGAAGGGCACCGUGAAAGUGAGCUGCGACUUGGGCAUCAAGUUCGUGAUGUCCCACGAGGUGUUUACCCUGCUGCGCAAGAAGGUGGAGGACAGCAGCAUUCCGAAGCUGCCGGGGCACCUGCAGGUGUCGCAGCAACUGGGCGAGGGCGCCUAUGGGGAAGUGUUCCUCUGCGACGACACGACGGGCGCCUAUGGCCCGGACGGGUCGCAGGUUGCCGUCAAGUGGGUCCGGGACUUCACCCGCGACCCGCUCUUCGGGAAGCGAGUGUUGCGAGAGCUCCGCGUCCUUGCCGCCAUGGACCACCCGAACUUGCUGCAGCUCCUCGACGUGCUCCCGGCGCCGCGGCCAGACUUCGACGACGUCUACUUCGUCAUGCCGUACAUGCAUUGCGACCUGCACAAGGUCAUCUACUCCAAGGCGGCCCUGACGGAGGCCCACUCGCAGGCGUUCACCUGCCAGAUCUUGCGCGGGCUCAAGUACCUGCACUCUGCUGGCGUCGUUCACCGUGACCUGAAGCCCCCCAACAUCUUGGUGAACAAAGACUGCACCCUGCGCAUCGCUGACCUGGGCCUCGCCCGCGGCAGGGCCUACGAGGAGGAGGAGUUCAGCGAGUACGUCGUGACGCGCUGGUACAGGGCGCCAGAACUCAUGCUCUUCCCCUCCGGCUACUUCGAGGCCAUCGACUUGUGGUCCGUUGGGUGCAUUCACGUGGAAUUGCAGGCGCGCAAGCCGCUGUUUCCUGGAGAGCACACCGUCAGCAUGCUCCGGGCAAUCUCCAGCGUGCUCGGCUUCUCCAAGGAGCGCGACCUCGGCUGGAUGCCAGCGGACGGCCAGGGCCGUGAUAAGGCGCUAAGCCUCGUCACGGCCCUCGAACUCCCAGAGCGCCCCACGAAGCCGCUCGAAGAGCGGAUGCCAGGCGCCAGCGAGCUCUGCCUGGACUUCGUGCGCCAGCUGCUGACCUUCGACCCCAAUCGCCGCAUGUCUGCGGCUGACGCGGUGGCUCACGAGUACCUCGCGCGUCUCCGCGACCCCAUGGCGGAGGUCGACGCCGCGAGGCCCUUCGCGUGGGACUUCGACCGCUUCGACCCGACGGAGAGGGCGCUGAAGGACAGGGUCUACGCAGAGAGCGCCAGGCACCACCCGGAGAUCCUCAGCAGGGACGCGGAGCUGAUAAAGCAGCGCGGGAUGGCGUCGAUGCUGGCGGCGUACUCGAGCCAGAAAGGCUACGUGGCGCCCCCGUCGCGGGCCCCCCGGCCUCGAAGCGAGGCUGGGACUCCCGUGGCGUCGAGAUCGAGCGGCGAUUGCGCCAGCACGGAACGCGCGGUGUGGCUGUGAGCACAAUGCUAGAGCGUGGUGGCGAGGGAAGGGACAGACAGACCAUGGGCAGCGGACACUUAAUUCGAGAAUCAAGCAUAGGAGACGGGGCAGUGCAUGAAACUUUCGUAAUUCGGAUGUUCUUUAAUUUGCAAAAUGGGUUGGCCAGCAUACCAACAUGUCCCUUGAUUGGGAGACGGGCGUAGCCUGCAGCCCAAAUUCUUGCACUUGUUUCGGGCAAGCCCACAUUUGAAACUCGUUGCCUCCAUCCCUCUCUGCAUCUCAAUGCUCAUUCCUUCUUUUGGUGUGUCUCUUCCGUUGUGCUGCGGCCGUGGAGACGCAGCGCUGGGUCAUGCGGAA